UUUUAUUCCCAACCUACAAACAUGAAUUGAAUUACUGCCAUAGGCUAUAGCGACAAGACAUUUAUGUGGUCUAUUCUGUUUGCUUGUAAAAGAAGUAUUUCUCCAUGGCCAUUCCUUUUUGAGCAAGUUUCUUGUGUUGGAUGGGGCUAUUGACUUCUGUGUGAAAAGUAGACAAGUGGAUGACUCUUGGUCUGCAAUACCAAACCUUUAUGUGUAAUGGCCAAGUAGCUAUCUCAUGAGGUGGAGAAAAUGUUCCGUAUCAACGAGAUAAACAUAUGAUUGUAUACAAUAAUACAAUUGGUUACACUCGAGAGUCUGUUCUGCGUUUCCAUGUAAUGUUUAAUUGACCAUAUGGACAGUAGAUGCUGAGCCAUCGCAAUGCUAGUCUCGUCCCAUCGCCCUCAUUGCCACUUAUCCUGCUCAUCCACAGCAAUGCACCCCCUGGAUCUUAAUGUGCCACUGCCCACAAGGUGCUGCCUCUCAGUCGCUGCCAGUGCCACAGCCUGCUGGCAAGCUUUUACUUUAUUGCUUUCACAAGUCACACAACCGUUCGUUUACUUCCAACCAUCAGUUAGUGACUAGGCAUUUACAAGAUUGAGGAAAAGGAGAGAAGCAAGCGGUGUUUGAAGUUGGGAUUCGAACUCAGGAUCUCCGAUGCAGAUAAAUGCUCUAAACUUGUUAUCUAUUGAAUCUGUGAAGUUGGCACCAAUGACGUGGACCCAGCCUUAUCUCAAAAACGACAGAAAUCUUUGAGUUGUGCUGAUGUGGCCCUAUCCAUUUAAAAUUAAGCAAUAUCCAUAGAGCGAUAGACCCUGAACACAAACCAUAACCUUUCCUCUUCCACCCUAAGAAACACAAAUUACCAAAUUAUCUCCGAUAUGGGAUCAAUGUCUUCUCCUCUGACAAUGAUUUCUCCACAACCAUUGAAACAGUCGGCAGUGGCGGUCGGCCGGAGCCCCUCCCUCUUCAGAAUGCACUCUGAAAAGAAGAAACCGUCAACGGUGGUUGCUGCUAUUGGAGAUGUAUCAGCCAAUGGCACCCCUUACCUGAUUGCUGGUGCUGCUGCUGUUGCUUUGCUUGGAACUGCGUUUCCAAUCCUCUUCUCCCGGAAGGACCUGUGUCCAGAAUGCGACGGAGCAGGUUUUGUUCGGAAGGGAGGGGCAACUUUGAGAGCAAAUGCAGCGAGGAAGGACGAGGCUCAGAUCGUCUGUGCUCGUUGCAAUGGCCUUGGCAAGCUCAACCAAGUAGACAAAAGAUAGAAUACUCUAUGCCUCUUCCUUCCCUUCACAUCCUUCUCUGUUUUGUAACUUUAAUCUCACCUGCUGUCAAAGCUUAAAAACAAGAUUUCUCUUCAACACUCUCGCAUAAAACUUUUGGUUAAUCAUCACCAUGCCAUAUACGUUGGCUGUUACAUAUAUAGUCCGUCUAUAAAACGGAUUGUUGAUGUGUCAUCGAUAUUCUAUUGAUAUCAUUGUAGCCAAUGAAAUGUAUUGGCAUGUUAUCAAUAAUGUAUUGAUAAUAUUGAAGGUGUAUCACUCACAUACAAAGGGCAUUGCAUCCUUCACAUUUUUAUUAGAUAACGAAUUAUUAAUAUAUUCUUAAUUUUGUGUUGA